AUGAGUGUGGAGGACAUUGUGAAAGCCAGCGACCUUGCUCACACCAGCACCCACAGCAAGACUGUCAUUGUGACUAUUUCAGCACCCUUAAAUGCCAUCAGUGUUCUCUCUACCCACGCAGCAGCAAAUCACAUCAUAAGCCCAGAGCUUCAUGGCACAUUUAUCAACAGCACUGGAGAUUCACCACCAAACUUUUCAGAGCUGGACUCUGAGAGACCAGAGCCCAUCAAGGCUAUUCACAGGUCUGUCUUGGAAGAGGUGUUCUCCAAAGGCAUUAGCGAGGACAACAGUAAGCCUAACGGUGAAGGAGGAGAUGCACCCCAGAAGAGGACCAAGGACAUCGGCUACCGGUUGAGCCAGCGUCGGGCGCUCUUUGGAAAACGCAAACAGUUGAGCGACUAUGCCUUGAUCUUUGGAAUGCUUGGGAUCGUCGUCAUGGUGACAGAGACAGAACUGUCCUGGGGGGUUUACACAAAGGAAUCCUCCUGCUCAUUUGCUCUGAAAUGCCUGAUCAGCCUUUCAACUGCUAUAUUGCUUGGACUCAUUGUUAUGUACCAUGCACGGGAAAUACAGCUCUUCAUGGUGGAUAACGCGGCUGACGACUGGAGGAUCGCCAUGACGUAUCAACGCGUCUCCCUUGUCGUCCUGGAGCUGCUGGUCUGUGCUAUCCACCCCGUCCCGGGCCAGUACGUCUUCACCUGGACGACCCGGCUGGCCUUCAGCUACAUGCCGUCUGUGACAGACGCCGACGUGGACAUCAUCCUCUCGGUGCCCAUGUUCCUGCGCCUCUACCUGAUCGGCCGUGUCAUGCUGCUGCACAGCAAGCUGUUCACGGACGCGUCGUCGCGCAGCAUCGGGGCUCUGAACAAGAUCAACUUCAACACGCGCUUCGUCGUGAAGACCCUGAUGACCAUCUGCCCCGGCACAGUGCUGCUGGUCUUCAGUGUCUCUUGUUGGAUUGUCGCGGCGUGGACGGUUCGUGUCUGUGAGAGGUAUCAUGACGCACAGGAAGUGACCAGUAACUUCCUGGGGGCAAUGUGGCUAAUCUCAAUCACUUUUCUCUCUAUUGGCUAUGGAGACACGGUCCCUCACACUUAUUGUGGAAAGGGUGUGUGUCUGCUGACGGGAAUCAUGGGGGCCGGCUGUACGGCCCUGGUGGUUGCCGUAGUUGCCAGGAAAUCUGAGUUGACUAGAGCCGAAAAGCACGUUCACAACUUCAUGAUGGACACUCAGCUCUAUAAACGGGUGAAAAACACAGCUGCCAAUGUACUCAGGGAAACAUGGCUCAUCUAUAAACAUACCAAGUUAGUCAAGAAGAUCGAUCAUGCCAGGGUACGCAAACAUCAGCGGAAAUUCCUACAAGCCAUUCAUCAACUGCGCCGAGUCAAAAUGGAACAGAGGAAACUCACAGACCAGACUAAUACACUUGUGGAUCUUGCCAAGACUCAGAACAUGAUGUACGACUUGGUGUCAGACCUGCAACGGCGCAGCGAGGACCUGAAUAAGAGGAUCGGUAGUUUGGACGACAAACUGGGCUCCAUCCUAGUUAGUCUGCAGGCCCUGCCCAACCUGCUUUCCCAGGCCUACACACAGCAGCACACAGACGUCUUAGAUAGCUGUAUCCAUCAUGUAAAGACAGCCUCAUUGGGCAAUGAGCACCACUGGGUUCCCACUAUGAGCCAACCCAGUCCCCCUCCACUGUACAGGAGACCCCACCUGGCAACUGACAGCCUGCCGACGCCGCCACUACUGUGA